AUACCUGUAGAGUAAGGCCGUACUCUGAAACCACACUCCCAAAAUUCCUUCCUCUCCUCUCCGUACUCUGUUCAUGGCGGCAAUGGAGAUGGACCCCUCGUUUCUUCACCACCAGAUUCUCCACUUCAUUCCCCUCUGAAACCUUCCGCACAUCAUCUUCUUUCUUACGCCAUUGCCGUCGCAGAGUUCACCAACAUUUCUAAGCAGCGACGACGCGCAGUCACUUGCUUGGGAUCAUCAGGGGACAGGUUUUCUCGGCCAACUUUGUCACUCUUUCUGGUAGCGGUGGCGGUGGCGGCAAUGUCUCACGUAGAGAGAGCUUCCAAGGCUUUGACUGCAACCAGAUCAUUAGGACUUUCUGAUGACCAAGUAAAACCAAUUUUGAAGGAUCUUCUCAAGUUGUAUGAUGGAAACUGGAAACUCAUUGAAGAAGACAACUAUCGCACUCUCGUGGAUUCUUAUUUCGAGCAGAAGGAAAACGAGGGGUUAGGAGGAAAGAGGAGCUGUCUUAUGGAUAAGAAAAAGUCCUCAGUACAACUUAAGAGACCUCAUGAAGGAGAACAACAGAAUCGGGCAUCAUCCACUGUUGGUAGCUCAGGCCAUAAAUUGGCUGUAAGGAAGGGUAAAAUUUCUGCAGUAGAUGCUGGACAGGGGAAUACCAACUUGUCUCAACAAUGUUUAAAUAUUAGAUCCAGUGAAAACUUGUCAUCUAUGAAACCCGUUUCAGUAGUUUAUCCAGAUAAGAAGGCAUUAACAAAUGGUAACAUGGAAUACAAUUCAUAUCAGAAGUGCUCAAGUUCUUCUGAGUACGCGAGGCAAUUGAAUACUGCAUUUCUUCAAGAUCAAUGCACCAGUUCCAAUCGCAAGUGUUCAACUUCUUCUGAGCAUAUAAGGCCAAUUGUUCGUGAUCAACAUACCAGAAAUAAUAAAAAUCAUUCCUUGCAUCAUAUGUAUGACUUGACAAAGGGUGAAGAGAAAGUCAAAAUAUCUUGGGUUAAUGAAAUUGGAAAGGAAUCUCUCCCCAAGUUCAAUUACAUACCAAACAAUAUAAUUUUUCAAAAUGCCAAUGUCAACAUUUCACUGGCUCGGAUUUCAGAGGAUGAAUGCUGUUCAAGUUGUUCAGGUGAUUGCCUUUUAUCAUCUUAUCCAUGUGCUUGUGCUCGUGAAACUGGUGGGGAAUUUGCUUACACACGACAAGGCCUGCUGAAAGAAGAAUUUAUAAAUCACUGCAUGUCUAUGAGAUGCGAGCCCAAGAAGCAGCAUCUUUUUUAUUGUCAAGAUUGCCCAAUUGAGAGGUUAAAGAAUGUCUACAAGCCUGAGCGAUGCAAGGGUCAUUUACUCAGGAAGUUCAUCAAAGAAUGCUGGAGAAAAUGUGGAUGUGACAUGCAGUGUGGAAAUCGAGUUGUACAACGAGGUAUUUCUUGCAAAUUGCAGGUAUUCUUCACUUGUGAAGGAAAAGGAUGGGGUCUCAGAACACUAAAGAACUUGCCAAAAGGGUCUUUUGUAUGUGAGUACGUUGGUGAAAUAUUGACAAAUACAGAGUUGUAUGAUCGAAAUAUGCAAAGCACCGGCAACGAGAGGCAUACAUAUCCAGUAACUCUAGAUGCAGACUGGGGCUCGGAGGGGGUUUUAGAGGAUGAUGAGUUACUUUGCUUGGAUGCGACGUAUUAUGGAAAUGUUGCAAGAUUUAUCAACCACAGAUGUUUCGAUGCAAAUUUGAUCGACAUUCCYGUUGAAGUGGAGACUCCUGAUCGACACUACUAUCAUCUUGCUUUUUUCACUAGCAGGGAAGUGAAAGCUUUGGAAGAGCUUACAUGGGAUUAUGCAAUUGACUUUGAUGAUGAAGAUCAUCCUGUGAAAGCAUUUCAAUGCUGUUGUGGAAGUGCAUCUUGUCGAGGUGCGAAGAAACGAAAGGAAGCACAGUUAAAGGUGAUGGCGUGCAACAAAUGAGACCCACCACAUAUUUUGCAAGGAUCUGUCUGCACAUCUGUUGCGAGCAUCGGUAUAUCAAUAUUUUAUUACACAACUUUGAAACUUGGUACAUUUUUCUUUACUUCUUAGAACUCUCUACUUUUGCUUUUCUAUGAUAUAUAAUAUAGUGGAAUAUGUUUCUUCUUUUUUUCUCAGAUUUUCACAAUUUCCUCUAUUUUCAGUGUUCUUACUGUUCCCUUUUGAAAAAUAUUAGUUGUUUU